ACUGGCUGAAGAUGGGGAAAUGGGCGGUGUUUCUCUUUGUAGCUCGGUUCAUAGACAGGUAUCAGAUCUCUGUGUGCUACACACAGUAUUACAGCGACUUCAUGGGGAACACGAACGAGUGGUAGACCUUCAUCAGUGCAUCCACUUACACCUCAUCAGAACAGAGUGUGUUUGUGGAGUCUAUGUGAGGUCUGGUCAGGAUGGAAGAAGAGAUGAGUGGAGCAGUAGAUCAACCAGCUGCUACACCAGCAACUGACACUCCAGAGGUACCACGCAGACGCAGAGGCAGACCACGCAAACCACAACAGGAGCCUGUUGAUCCUCCUGCUCCCAAAAGGCCACGGGGAAGACCCAAAGGGAGUAAGAACAAGACCACUCGUACAACACUCAAAGAGCCACCAAAGGAAAAGAGACCUCGAGGCCGACCGAGAAAAUGGCCUCAGAAAACAGUGCAGCAACAAGAGCAAGAGCUUGAGGAAGAAGAGGACCAGCCACACCUGUCAUCACCACACGACAUCUGCAACUAGGCUCUGAGCUGCCGUCGUCUGAGCCGUGUGUGCAAUAGGCUGCGUUUCAACAGUUCUAGCCAGCAUUCUUACAAAGGUUUGCUAUCAAUUACUUGACAAAAACAUACCCAAAUUCACAAAGCACUAACAGAAAAAAAUGAAUAUUCCCCUUGAUAAUUGGCUGCCACUUAGAGAAUGGUGAACAGCUCUAUGGAUUGCAUAGACUCAUAUCAGACAUGGGCAUAUUUAAAGCACAUAUGCAAAAAUAAAACAAAAACAUAAAGCUAUAUGUGCACAUGACAAGAUGAUCUGAGAUUUGGAUUGUAAACUGGAUUUAGACAUCCCAUCCAUCUGUCUAGACAUAGUCAAAAACCAGACCUACAUCUCAGAUGUCCUACAGGUGCUUUCAGUAUAACUAGAAAAACACUUACAACUACUUAGACAUGGUACUGAAUCACUAAUGUAAAACUUCAUGUUAUCAGUACAGCACAGGCUAUUUUUAUUUUUCAGCCACAUAUACAUUCAUUCAUUUGGCCAACACUUAUUCUAAGCGUCCUACAAUUGAGAUGGAAUAAAACUGAGCGGUUGACGAUUAAGGGUCUUGCUUAAGGAUCCAAGGACACAACUUGCACAACUCACAGUGAUUAGACCAGUAGGCCAAAGCCUUAACCACUGAGACAUCACUUGUCUAAUUCAUUCCACAAAUAAUAAUAAAAAUAAUGAUAAUAAUAAUAAUAAUAUAAAUGAAAACUGUCAUGGUCCAUUUCUCCAAAAAUCAGUCCCUGAGAUUGUUUUUAUUUCAAUGUUUACAGUUCAGUGUCCAUUUGUACUUGAAAACGUGUCAAACCUGCUGAAUUUUACUAUUUGAAAGAAAAGUCUUCAGUAGUUUACCAUAUCAAAUAGACUACUAGAUCUUUUUCUGCUGUGUGUCCAGUAAACUUGAUAAAGUCUUUCGAAAGCUUGAAACAAAAAAAAUAGUACAGUGUAAAAGAGUGUUUGCCUUUUGUUUACCAAUAACCUACUGCUUUCAUUCCUUUUCAGUAGUUAAAUACAUUAUCAUCUAGAAUACUAUACGUUAUUGUGCCUUUUACAUUUUUCUCCACUUUGUUGUGCUUUUUGAAUGGCAGCUAUUUUUAAGGAACAAAAUCUUGACAAUUGUACUGUUUUUUAUUAUUAUUAUUAUUAUUAUUGAGGGUUUCUUUACAAUAUGUAUAUUGUCUUAUUUCUAUGUCUUGAAUCUUCCAUGCUGAUACAUUCAUUUAUCUUCAAUAAUUGCUUUGUCUUGGUCAGAAAUGCAGUGGAUCCAAAGCCUCACCAGGCUUUGUUAAUAAUGUUCGAUAAUGUUAUAGCAUGAUGGUGACUGGUCUGUGGGAGGCAUGUCUUGCGCCUCUGGGGUGGGGGGUUUGAUUCCCACAAUUCCUGUGUGGGUGUGUGGAGUUUGUAUGCUCUCUUUGUGCUUCAGGGGUUUCCUCCCUCAGUCCAAAAGACAUGCAUUGUAGGCUGAUUGGCAUCUAUAAAUUGUCUAAGGUGUGGGUUUGGAUGCCAUCACAGGCAAGUGUCUUCCGCCUUGUGUCCAGAGUCCCCUGGUACAGUCUCCAUGAUCCCUGUGAUCCUGUGUAGGAUAAGCGCUACAGAAAAUAGACGGAUGGAUGACAGAUGUAUACAGGAUCCCUUCAUACACUGCUGAGUUUCUCCAUUGCAUAAAUUGGUUUGAAAGGUGGUGCCUCAUAAACGCAGCUAAAAGCUCAGAGGAAUUAGGCCAAUCAGUUGUAUGUCACCUCAUUAAUUGUAUAGCUUCUACUAUCCGUGUAGACAGACCGUGCAUCAGAAAGAUGAUUUAAUAAGCUGUUGUCUUUUUUUUCCCUGUCUUUAAUCAUGCGCCUGAGUUAACAGGAUAAGCGCACACUGCCGCCUGUGUUAAUCUGCAAUUGAGUCAAAUGAUGCUUUUUACACUGAAGAAAAAGAAAAAAAACCUUUUAAAAGAGGAAAACCUCGUGAACUCUUCCAAAACACGACUUCUAUAAAUGCACCUCAAUUUUAGGCAUCUUAAUAGUUCUUGUUGAUAAAAUAGUGACUGACGGAGCCUUGAAACAAGUGUAUCCAUUGUAUUGUGUUGACCAUGUCAUGCUAAAAAUGAAUGAAUGAAAAAUGUAAUAUGAAUAUUCCCAGUAUACCUUAGAGUUGUG